CAACUAAAAAUUGGACCUUGGAAGUACAAAGUUGAGAGAACACCAAAGCAUUAACCUUAUUGUUUGGAACAUCUAUUCGGCGUAAAAUGUCUUUGAAGUUCUGAUUCUGUGAAUUGUUAGUUUGAUUCUGAAAACCGCCCAUGGUUGUUGUUACUCUUCUCUUCCUCUUGCAUUGAACACAACGGUUGAAGUAGGGUUUGUCCGAACUUGGUGGAGCAUCACAUCACAAAUUAUUUUUUCGAAACUUCAUUUUUAGAUUGCCAUUUUCACGAAUUCUUCUUCUCUUUACUGCAUAGAUAGAACAUUGAAUCCCAUCAUGUUCACGCCUCAGAGGACGGGGUGGCCUGCUGCAUCCCUCACGCCUCGAACCGAACCAAAACUUGCACUUUCCAAUUCCAUUCUUCUUGGAAAAGGCAAGGAUGUGAUUUUUACAGACGACCCACCUCCGCCGUUGGGGUCUCUUAACGACGAAUUGUAUAAAACCGCGACGGCAGUGGAUACUGGGGACAUGGAUGAUUGGAGGAAGUUUAAGAAAGCGGGGUUGUUGGAUGCGGCUGCAAUGGAGCGUAAGGAUCGGGAAGCGCUUCUCGAGAAGGCUUCAAGGCUUCAAAGUGAGCUUUUUGAUUAUCAGCACAAUAUGGGACUUCUUUUGAUAGAGAAGAAAGAUUGGGCUUUAAAGUUUGACCAACUAGAGCAAGAUUUAGCAGAAACUGAGGAGAUCUUCAAGCGCGAACAAUCAGCACAUUUAAUUGCAUUAUCUGAGGUUGAAACGAGGAGGGAUAAUUUGAAGAAAGCUCUAGCUGCUGAGAAGCAGCAUGUUUCUAGUCUUAAAAAGUCUUUAUAUGAAGUAAAUGAGGAGCGUGCUGAAAUAAAGCUUACAUCUCAGAAGAAGUUGGCUGAUGCAAAUGCUUUGAUGCAUGGAAUUGAGGAGAAAUCUUUGGAGUUGCAGAAAAAGUUGAAUGCUGCUGAAGCAAAGCUUGCUGAGGUAAAUAGGAAAAGUUCGGAGUUGGAGAUGCGAAUGCAUGAAGUUGAAGCUCGUGAAAGUGUGCUUCAAACUGAGCAGAUAUCCUUGGUCACGGGGAAAGAAGCACACGAGGCAACCUCCCAUAAAGAAAGAGAAAGCUUACGUAAGUGGCAGCAGAAGUUGCAGGAAAGGGAAGAAAAACUGAGCAAGAGUCGUGAAUUGCUUAAUGAUAAAGAGCAGAAGGUAAGUGAAAAUAGCACAACUAUGAAGCAGAAAGAGAAGAAUCUUGAAGAGAUGAAGAAAAAGAUUGAUCUGUCAAGUUCUGUCCUGAAAGGGAGGGAAGAUAAUGUAAAUAGACGAUUAGCAGAUGUAGAAGCAAAAGAGAAGGAAGCUGAUUUUUCAAGAAGUCUCUUGGAGAAAAAACAAGAAGAAUUACAUCAGAUGGAAGAAAAUCUUCAUGGGAGAGAAAUGAUGGAGAUCCAACAGCUGCUUGACGAGCAAAGUGUAAUUCUACAAAAGAAGAAAGAACAGUUUGAGUUACAAUUGGAAGAAAAGAGGCAAUCUCUAGAUAAUGAAGGUAUUACAAAGCUAGGAACACUCAAACGGAAGGAUCUUGAAAUUAAUCAUGAGAAAGAAAAGUUGGUGAAGCAAGAGCAAGCUUUGGAUAAAAAGUUGCUUCGAGCAAAGGAGAAAGAGGGUGAUCUUGAACAAAAGAUAAAAACUUUGAAAUCAAAAGAUAGAAUUUUAAAAGCUGAUGAGAAAAAGCUGGAGGUGGAAAGGUUGCAAAUGCUUGCUGAUAGAGAGAGCUUACGAUCUCUCAUUAAUGAGAUCGAGGAAAUCAGAACUGAAAAUUCUCAGAAAGAGCAGCAAUUUCAUGAGGAGAGGGAUAAAUUGCAAGUGAUGAAAGAAGAGAGAUCAGAGCACGUUCGUUUACAGUGUCAACUGAUGCAGGAAAUUGAGAGUUACAGACUUCAGAACAAAAUAGUUAUGAAAGAGCAUGAGGAUCUUAAGCAGGAAAGAGUCAAAUUUGAGAGAGACUGGGAAGCCUUAAAUGAAAAAAGGACUGAAAUACAUGAUGAACUUAGCGAUCUUGUGGAGGAGAGGACAAAACUAGAGAUCUUGCAAGAGGCAGAGGAGGAAAGGUUGAGAAAUGAGAAAAAUGAAAUGCUAAUUUAUAUGCAGAGAGAGUUGGAGAAUGUUAAACAAGAAAAAGAAUUAUUUGCCUCAACUACAAGGCAAGAGCAGCAAUCCUUGUCUCAGCAGGCUCAAACCGAGCAUAGCCAACUACUGCAAGAUAUAGAAUUUCAGAGGAAAGAUCUUGAAAGUCACUUUCAGAAUAGCCAAAUGAAACUAGAGAAAGUACGGCAGGAAAGGGAGCUAGCAUUUGAAGAGGAGAAAGAGAGAGAACGGAACAAAUUGUUUUGCUUGAGAGACAUUGCUCAGAAAGAAACAGACGAGCUAUUAUCUGAAAGGCAUCAAUUGGAAAAGGAAAAGGAGGUGGUUUCCCUGAAUAGGAAGCAAAUGAUAGCGGACCAUCUUGAAAUUCAUCAAGAUAUUGAUAAGCUCAACAUAUUAAGUAAGGAGCUUAAAAUUCAGAGGGAACAACUUAUUCGGGAUAGGGUUCGCUUUUUGACCUUUGUUGAUAAGCAUAAGAGUUGUGGUAAGUGUGGUGUGUCCAUUGAAGAAUUUAUAGUUCCCGACCUCCAAAUACCUGAAGAAAUCAGAAAAUCGCACCCUCUACCAAUGUUAGAGGCCAAUUCUCUACAAAACCUCCAAAGAGAAUUCGCUGCUUCAGAGUUUGGUUCUUCAGAUUCUGGAGGUCGCAUGUCUUGGCUCAGAAGAUGCAGCAGAAAGAUUCUAAAUCUAUCUCCCAUUAAGAAAAUUGGACAUGUAGUUCCUUCUGUUCCCAUGAAGUUGGCUGCAGAUUGUACCGAUUUAGAAGUCAAGGAGCCUAGAGUUAAUGUUGGCGAUGUGAAAAGGUCUGGUAUUGCUUAUGAACCGCAACAAUCUUCUUUUAUUGAGAGUGAACCAUCUGAUGUUCAAAGAUUUUCGUUCAGUGAUAACAUCAGACUGGCGGAGAAUACACAUGAACAUACAUUAGAUGAUUUUAACAACUUAGACAGCAAGUUUGAAGAAGCCUCAGAAGCUUCAAAACAACCUGACAUGAAGAGAGAGAGGCCAAAACAUGAGAAAGGACUCAAGUCUGGUCAUAGAACACGUUCAGUGAAGGCAACUGUUCAAGAUGCAAAAGUUUUUCUUGGGGAAACUGCAGGACAGUCGGAUCUUAAUGUACCUGUACAGAGUGAUUCAAAUUCUUUAUAUAAAGAAACUAGCAAUGUUCGGAAGCGGCCAUUGCCAGAAUCUUCCGCAGUUUCUAUUAGUGAGCAAGAUGGAAAUGACAGUGAAGGAUGUUCUGAUAGCAUCACAACUGCCAGGCAACGUAAAAGGCGACAAAAGAUUCCCUCUGUGCAGACGCAAGGAGAAAGCCGAUAUAAUCUGAGGCGACAUAAGAAUGCUGGCAAAGCUAGUGCUACUCAGGUUUCACCAAACCUGACAACAGUGAUGGAGAAAGAAAACGAAGAAACAACCCCUACUGUAGGUGGUGAAAAUGGGGAAAAAAUGGACUCUGUGAAGAUUACAACAGUCAGAACUAUCUAUCAUUCCGAGGAUAGAGUAGUUCGGUUUGAAUCGCAAAGAACAGCUGAAGAUAAUGCUCCCAUGGAGAAGUUGGUUACUACAACAGUCAAUGAUUUGUGCCAUGAAGCGAAUGGUUCAUCAGAGUAUGAGGAUGAAGAUCAAAGCAUACUUGAUGAUGAAGAUGAGUAUGACGAAGAGCAGCCUGAUGUGGGAUCAAUUGGAAAGAAGAUUUGGACAUUUUUCACAACUUAGCAAACAAAAUUGUUUCAAUGCUUACUCCAUUGUGCUUUACCACUGAGAAAAGGAUUUGGAGAUUGAUGAUGCUUUAGGCUCCUUUGACUUGUUAAUAUUAUCAUUUGCAGGACUUCUUUUAGCAUUCGAUGUAGAGUAGGACAUUAUUUGAGUUUUCUACUUCUACUGUUUUAUAUUUGAUCCCCCCCAACAGCUUCUUGUAAUAUUUACAAAGCCCCUUUGUAUAUGGGGAGAGGGGGGAAAACCCAGUUUUUACCUCAGAUUUCUCAACAAUUUUGGAAUGUAAGCCUAAUAAGAGGCAUUAGUUGGAAGAAUUAUUGAAUGGUAAAAGUUCAAUAUCAUGAAAUUGAAAGUACUUAAAAUUUACAGAAA